CUGCGUUCUUAGAAGUUGACACUUUUCUUCAAAUUAUCGAGUAAGGAGUUGAAUUUUUUGGGACAAAAGAUGGCAUUUUGUGUUCCUGAUCAUUUACAGCAACAUCGGCAACAGGAAUCUCGCGAUAUAAGUGAUGAUGAAGAUAUGGAUGGAUUAGAAGAAGAGAUGGAACAUCAGCAUGAUGAGGAACAUUUUAAUUUUCCCAACAGUAGCACUUGCUGGGUAUGCAAUGGCUAUUAUGGCCCUAAUUUCGGCGAGCCCUUAUGCAGUACUUGUCACGCUUUUUUAUACAAUACCGAGCCGGUUGAAUUAGUAACUACUAUCUCUGACGAUGAAGACUCUGGCAAUGACGAGCCUCCGUUUAAGGAUAAAACAGAGGAAGAAAAUGAAGAUGAAGAUGAGGUUGAAGAUGACGUGGUUGUCGUCGAACACGAUGAAGACGAUGAAGAAGACGUGGUGGAUGAUGUGGAGCUAGAAAUGGAUAAUGAUAUCAUUGAAAUGCCGGCACCUGACAUUGGUUUGCGGAUAGAGAGGAUAGAGUGUAUGCCUAAUGAAGUUUUGCCUUUGGAGAGACCCAGACCAGCAGCACCUAAAUCUUUACAUCAGAUGGUAGAUUUAUUAAGUGAAGCCCGCGUUAAUGCUACCGAGAUGGCAGUCGGUGCUCUGCUUGCACCUAAUAAUGUCUUGGCUUUGCCUGUAGAAAUGAUGAUUAUAAUAUUCUCGUACUUGGAUGAUAUGUCCUUGUGGAAAGCUAGCGAGGUGUGCAAACAGUGGCAAAAUAUUAUAGCCCGUAACACGUCGCAACAAAUGUGGCGAAAGUAUUUAAAAGAACGUUGGCCUCUCUUCCAAAGCCUGGUGGAUGUAAGUGAUUGGCUUAAACUUUAUGGCGCUUUAAUGUCGUCUUGCUUCUGCCACACAUGCCUGCUACAAAUGGCUCUCAAGUCCCCGGCUCGUGGACGUCAGAACGCUAUCCGUAUGAAUUUUCUUAGAAACGAUUAUCGUCUAGUGAAUAGUUACGCCACCGAAGGUAUCGAUGCGAUACGAAUGGAUAAACAAAACACAUAUUGGCAAGCUAGUAUUUUGGGGCCUGCUGGCAGCCCCUAUGAAGGUGGCAAAUUCUUUUUAUUUAUAUUCUUUCCUGAAAGAUAUCCUAUGAUUCCACCCACUGUACGUUUUUUAACUAAAAUUUUGCAUCCAAAUGUAUCACGGCAUGGAGAUGUAGGCAUUGAUAUAUUUCAACAUAAUUGGUCCUUGGCUUUAAAUGUCUCAAAAGUUCUACUCUCAGUGCAAAGUUUGCUAACCGAUCCAUACACCGAGGUUUGCAUGGAACCCGAGCUGGGCUACAUGUACGAACAUGAUCGUACGCGUUUUGAAAACUUGGCCCGAUCUUGGACUUGGAAAUACGCUAUGUUUGAGUUAAUUACACCUCGUUAAACGUUUUUCAUUCUUCAAAAAUACAUUCUGGCAAUUUCUUAACAAUUCCUAUAAAUAUGUAUAAUUAGAUUUAAGAUUUAAUAGUAUUUUUUCUCCUGAAAUGUUUUUUUUUUUUCAUUUUAAUUCAAAUCAACGAGCAAAAUCAAUUCUACACAUUUGAAGUACUGUGUAUAUUUUUAUAUGCGUAAUUGUAAUUGAAAUAUUACAUUUAUUUAAUUCACCGUGAAGUAUUAUUCGCAAAAUAAUUCUCAUUUUCCUAAUUAAUUUUUUGUAACAUAUUAGUUGUGUGGUAUUUUAUUAAUGCACACAUUUAUCAAAUUUUAAAAAAUGUCUGAACUGCACAAAAGAAAUACA